GGGUCACGCGCAAACGUCUGUAGAAGAUAGACAGCCAAUUUCUUCGCCGGACACUUCCUGGGCGCGAUCAAAAUGAUGAAUAAAGGCGGAGCAGCUGGCGGUGGGGGAAUGGGAGGCUUAGGAGGUGGCGGGCCAACAGCCGCUGCUGCGGCGGCUGGUGCCCAAAAGCAAAAGAAUUUGAUGCAGAGAGUGGAGAACGACAUCGCCAACAUCGUUGACAAUUUCAGCCACCUCGUCAAUGUUUCUAGGGUUGAUGAUCCACCUGUGAGAAAUUCACAAGAAGCUUUCAUGAUGGAGAUGCGUGCAGCUAGAAUGGUUCAGGCAGCGGACUCUUUGCUUAAGUUGGUGUCGGAGCUGAAGCAAACAGCAAUAUUUUCAGGAUUUGCAUCUCUCAAUGAUCAUGUGGAACAAAGAACAAAGGAGUUUGACCAUCUGGCAGAAACAACGGAUAGAACAUUGGCAAGAAUUGGUGACAAGGCAGCUGCCAGCCUGAAGGAGCUUGAAUCACAUUAUUAUUCGUCUGCACAGAGGGCAAAUCCAGACCUACAGCCUUGAAUGCACGCGAACGGUUUGAAGUUUGGUGUUCUCAAGCAUUCCAAUGGCAGAAGCGCAGUAUCUUCCAUGUUCUACUGACAAAGACUGUGUAAUGCGCCCGCGAUUUUGUCCUCCUGGUUUAUUUAAGUGUGUACAGCAUUUUUGCCAAUGUGAUAAUCUGCCACCUGCUUAACCUUCUGAACAAAUCUUGGCAUAAACAGUGUUUUUAGUUUAAACCAUCAAUAAAACAUCACCAAGAUCUAUAUAUUAUUUCUGGUGUCAAAAUUAAAUCCCUGUAGCACAUUACUUUGUCUAUCUAUCAAGUUUACCAUA